UUCCAAGCUGCCCUUCCAGCUUCUACCCACGGAAAAGGUCUCUCCAGUCCCUCUGGGGAGGGAGCUUCCUGUUUUUUUCUUUCCAUUGCUGUCUAGUUCGUUCGACUGCAGCAAACUGCUGUGCUUUGGAAAGAAAGCUGCUCCAUUGCUCAACUAACUGGCCCUCUUCUGAUUUCCUAACCACCCCAGUACCUAGACGUGCAGCUUCUCUUUUAGGGAGCUACAUGCUACAGAGGUGGACAUGCAGAAUUGCUUGCAUGAUCUAAACCAAAUUUGCUCUUGGAGGAAACACCCACCCAAACCUCAUGCUAACUUGUCUGGAGAUUUGAUUCAUGAUGAUGAUAAGCCUGGACCUCCAACUUCCUCCAAGACCAACAGGCAAACGUCUUCCGGGACUAGCUGGUGAGUGAGCUGCUUCUCCGUCUGAAUUGGCCCUUACAAAGCAGCUCGGUUACAGAACUGACCUCACUAGGUCACAGUAAACCAGUUAACUAAGUUAUGCUAACCCUCACAGGCCACCAGGCCCUGUCCUCUAGUUCUCCCCUUUAUACUAACUUUCUCUGGGCCGCUGUCACCACUCUGCUCUCUUUCCUGAGCUUCUGAGGUGCCUCCACAAGCCUUCCAUGCGUCUUGCUUCUCCAGCCUCAGAGACUAUCAUUGUUAGUGCAGAUUGGCAAUCCCCACUUAAUGGCCUGAAUGGAGCCCCGCAUUGUUUCUCUGUGCCUGAGCUCCCUGCCUCCCAACCCCGAGCCAGUCUUUGGGACCCUCUUGUCCCUGAAUUCCAUCACUUCUGCACUCUCUGGACCUCGUAACCUUACUGUUCCGGGCCAGGACACUCCUGCCCAAACUUGGAAGCAGCACCAAGCGAGAAGGCACACUUACCACUAGGCUUCUCCACCUUCAUCACCCAUCCCACUCUAUCUUUGGCCCUAGCCCAGGAUGUUGGGUUGGGAGUGGCUGGCUUUGACCCAGGCCUCAAACUUGGGCGUGGUGGAUUCCCAUCUGGUCGCCUAGCUGUCGGCUUCUGGGCCUCAGGCUGGGUUCUCCAUUGUGCAGGGAUGUGAGCCCUUUUCCCAGUCCCUCAGUACGUACAAUUCCUGAGAACCGUGUUCCCUAGUGAUGCCCUCCAAAUUUAGUUCCUCGUCUGCACCUUGCCUGGGUUCUCUUUGCGGUGUCUUCCCAUGCUACCAGGCACUGCACAACCAACCACCUCCUCAUCCCUGUCAUUGUCAGAUCUAGGCAGCACUAGGGCACCUGCACCUGUUGCCUCCCAGUCCUUGGCCCCGACUCUGCGCUGGUGGGUUUGCCUGGCUCUCCUGGCAGUUCUCUGGCACACAGUGGCUGUGCUCUGAGCCAUUGUCGGGGUGCAGGAGGGAGAGCCCAGCCCACGAGCAGCCCUGGACAGGGUCACACUAGAGCUUCCGGGCUCCGAUGUUGCACAAUCGCUGGGAGUUUAUCAAGCAGCCCAAUGUUUUUCCUCUGAAACGCCGGGGAGCGCUGGCCACCGCAGCAGUUCAAGUGCCCUUCCCUUGCGGUGCUGGAGCUCAUGGGGCGAGGAUCCCCGGUUCUGGGCCAGGAGAACUCGGGGUCACAUAUGCCUAGAGAGAAGGCACGCUCCGAUGUUCCCUCCGCCUGCCUCAGUGGCACGGAGAUAUCCCAGGACUCCCGCCCACGUGUCUUGGAUGUCACCUGAGUAGCGUCGGGCUGUGUCGGAGACUGCGAAGUGCGUGGCUGGGUCCUGUCCCAGGUGGCCAAAGGCCGCACUGAAGUGAAAGCACUCGGUGAGUCAGCGAGCUGAGAGGAGGCUGGCCCGCGAGGCGCCGCCCCUGGGUGGGGACCCGAGUCACCCACUGCCCGGCCAGGACUGAGUCGCCGGGCUCCUGCACUUGCACUUCCCGGACGGGGAGGCCUGGACUCCUCAGACGGCAAGUGCGGGCCAUGGCCUGCCGAGCGGCGGAGUGGGGACCUGAACCCCCGGCCUUCCAGCACCAUCCAGAAGCCAGCGCACCGCGCCUGGCCCAGGGCUACAGGCUGCGCAACACGAGCGAGCUGCGGGACCUGGAGUUCGGCCGCCUAGCAGGAACUGUCUACCUUGACCAUGCAGGAGCCACCUUGUUUCCCCAGCGCCAGCUCACAAGCUUCACUAAGGAUCUCAUGGAAAAUGUCUACGGUAAUCCUCACAGCCAGAACAUCACCAGCAAGCUCACCCAUGACACUGUGGAGCAGGUCCGCUACAGGAUCCUGACUCACUUUCACACCACGCCAGAGGACUACAUCGUGAUCUUCACAUCUGGGAGCACAGCUGCUCUCAGACUAGUGGCAGAGGCGUUUCCGUGGGUAUCCCGGGCCCUGGAGAAUGGUGGGAGUCACUUCUGUUACCUCACUGACAACCACACCUCUGUGGUGGGAAUGAGGAAGGUGGCUGCAGCCAUGAAUGUCACAUCCAUCCCAAUCAAGCCAGAGGACAUGUGGUCAGCAGAGGACAGGGGUGCUGGAGCCUGUGACCCUGACUGUCAGCUUCCACACCUCUUCUGUUACCCAGCUCAGAGUAACUUUUCAGGCACCAGAUACCCACUGUCGUGGAUAGAAGAGGUCAAGUCUGGGCGGAGGAGCCCUGUGAAUGUGCCCGGGAGGUGGUUCGUCCUGCUGGAUGCAGCCUCCUACGUCAGCACCUCCCCCUUGGACCUGUCCACUCACCAGCCUGACUUUGUCCCCAUCUCCUUCUAUAAGAUCUUCGGGCUCCCCACAGGCCUGGGUGCCCUGCUGGUCAGUAAGCAUGUGGCUCCUCUGCUGAGGAAAAGCUACUUCGGAGGAGGAACUGCAGCUGCCUACCUUGCAGGAGAGGACUUUUACGUCCCGAGGCCGUCGGUGGCAGAAAGGUUUGAAGAUGGCACCAUUUCAUUCCUUGAUGUAAUAGCGUUGAAACAUGGAUUUGAUGCUCUGGAGCACCUCACAGGUGGCAUGGAGAACAUACAACGGCACACCUUUGCUCUGGCACAGUACACCCACUCUGUCCUGUCUUCCCUCUGCUACCCCAACGGAGCCCCUGUGGUACGGAUUUACAGUGAUUCUGAGUUCAGCAGCCCUGAUGUCCAGGGUCCAAUCAUCAAUUUUAAUGUGCUGGAUGAUGGUGGGAACAUCAUUGGCUACUCCCAGGUAGACAAAAUGGCCAGCCUGUACAAAAUCUACCUGAGGACUGGCUGCUUCUGUAACUUGGGGGCCUGCCAGCGGCACCUGGGGCUAAGUGACGAGAUGGUUAAGAAACAUUUUCAGGCUGGUCAUGUCUGUGGAGAUGAUGUCGACAUCAUAGACGGACGGCCCACGGGCUCUGUGAGGGUUUCCUUUGGAUACAUGUCCACGCUAGAAGAUGCCCAGGCCUUUCUCAGGUUCAUCAGCGCUAUCCGCCUUCGCUCACCCGGUGAACAGGGUGUUCUUCCAGCCGGCACCUGUGAUGCUGGAGCCUUAUCCUCAGAGAGUGACUGCCACCCACCUCAGGACGGUGCCUGCACAGACCCUGCAGUUUGCAGUGACGCCUGUCCUGAUGCAAAUACCAUGGACUUGUGCCUGUCUCUGAGCGAAGCCAGCAGCAGCCGGCAGGCCCUUCCAGAGAAAGCGGCAGGUAUCCUGAAUGGGGACCUUGGGCCCCACGUGGUCACCAACAUUUACCUCUACCCCAUCAAAUCCUGUGCUGCAUUUGAGGUGACCAAGUGGCCUGUAGGGAGCAAAGGGCUGCUGUAUGACCGGAGCUGGAUGAUUGUGAAUCACAAUGGCGUUUGCCUGAGUCAGAAGCAGGAGCCAAGGCUCUGUCUGAUCCAGCCCUUCAUCGACCUGCAGCGGAGGAUCAUGGUCAUCAAAGCCAAAGGGAUGGAUCCUAUAGAGGUGCCUCUUGAGGAAAACAGUGAACGGGCUCAGAUUUGCCAGAGCAGAGUGUGUGCAGACAGGGUAAAUACUUAUGAUUGCGGAGAAAAUGUUUCAAGAUGGCUGUCACAGUUUUUUGGCCGUCCAUGUCAUCUAAUCAAGCAAAGUCCUAACUUCCAGCGGAAUGCAAGGAAGACACCUGGAAAAGGGCAGCCUCCUGGCACUGUCGCCACCCUGUCCCUGGUGAAUGAGGCGCAGUAUCUGCUGGUGAACACAUCGAGUGUCCUGGAGCUUCAGCAGCGGCUAAAUGCCAGUGACGAGCAUGGAAAAGAGGAGUCAUUCUCGGUGAAAGAUCUCGUCUCCCGCUUCCGGGCCAACAUCAUCACCAAGGGAGCGAGGCCUUUUGAGGAAGAGGAGUGGGAGGAGGUUUCCGUUGGCUCCUUGCAUUUCCAGGUCCUGGGGCCUUGCCACAGGUGUCAGAUGAUCUGUAUCGACCAGCAAACCGGGCAGCGGAACCAAGAUGUUUUCCAGAAGCUUUCUGAGAGCCGGGGAAGAAAGGUGAACUUUGGUGUGUACCUGAUGCACGAGUCCUUGGAUUUAUCCUCUCCACGUUUCCUGUCCGUGGGAUCUGAGGUGCUCCCUGUGUUGAAAGAGUAUGGAGUGUCCUGAUUCACCUGCUUCCCAGGAACACCUGAGUGUUAUCUCCUUCUUCCCCAGAGAGCAUUAAAGUUUCUCU